AUGACAUCAAUUCCAUCGGAUAUUAAUUUAAUAAUAAACAAAUUAUCAACAAUUGAUAAAGAAAAAGAUAACGAGAUAAAUGAAAAUAUUGUAAAAGAAUCCGGAAAUGAUAAAGAAAAUAUCAUUGAAGAAAGUGGAGGAUAUAGCUUGAUUGGGAAUGAUAAUAACAAUUAUUAUGUCCAACUUUACAACAAAUUUUGGCCAUAUCGAACGCUUAAAAUUAUAAAUUGGAUUUUAUUCUUACUGUUAUUUGUUGGGUCAGUUUUAACUGCAGCAAAACCUUUUCGAUGGGCUAAAAGUUAUUGGCCAUCAAUUCCGCCAUAUAAUGAUUUUGAUAUUUGUGGUUUAAUUGCUAUGGGUCAACUAGUUUUGGCUAUAAUGGGUUUAAUUGCUUUAAUUGUCCAUUGUUUUGCCAAAGAUUUAUUUAAAGCUGCAGUGGCUUCAUUGAUGGUAUAA